CCAAAAUAACAAAAACAAAAACCACAGCUGUCUCCCAGACAGCAACCUCCUUUCCUGCUCCGCACCCCUUUCUUACUCUUCCUCGUUCCCUUGCCUCUGUGUCCCUCUGUGAGGUGGACCUCUUUGCCUUCCUCACUGGAUUAUGUUUCCAGACUCAUCAUCAAAAGUACUCAAGAACGCCACUGGAGGUGUUCACAUCUCAGAGAAGUCACACCAUUUUAUAUUUGUCACCUGCCCUGCAUAAGUAUCCUACCUUGGUUUGUCUCUAGGGAGCUGACCUGGGCUUCUGUUGUACACCCACUUAUGGAGUAGGAAGCUGCUCUCUGUCCCAGUCCUCUAUAGGUGGCUUCUGCCUCCUUGGCCACCCUAGGUUCAUUACUCUGUUUUUGGCACCUGUACUGUUGGACUGGACUCCCUGAGGCCAGUGCUGCAUCUGUCCUGGUCACCAUGUGGUAGGCUCAGGGCUUGGCUCAAAGGUAAACAAAGGGGCAAAUGCAUGAAGAGUGGUGCUUCAGCUGCUCCCUUCCUCCCAGUGUUCCUCACCUCUCUGAGGUCAGGCCUCUUGAGUCCUGCCUUAUUAAUAAACACUUCCCCUGGCUAGACCCAAAGCAGGCUCCAGGGACUCAGCCCUGAACUCCACAAGCCCCUUCUGGUGCUCAUAGAUGAAUGGGGAAAAUUCAAGCAAGUAUCACACAAGCGAUUGCAUAAUUCCACAUGAGGACAAGAGAUAUGAAUACAGGUGUUUCUUGCUAUGAGAGUAAUGCCAGGGUUGGACAAGCAGGAGGGGGAUGAAGCUGAGACUGGAAGUUAGUCAAAGAUAUUUUCGGCAGAGAGAAGUGCCUAUGCAAAGGUCCUGGUAUGGGUGCUUGCUGUAUUUGUUCAGGAGCAGAAAGGAGGCUGGAAGUGUGUGUGUGUGUAGUGGGGUUGGUAAUUAUUUGAGGAUAAGGAGGAGCCAUGGGAGGGUGAAUGGUGCAGCAGUCUCCAUUUGCCAUGAGAAAAGCUCCUCCUAGCUGUCUGGUGGGAGUGGAGGUGGGGAGACCGGGAGGCCAAUGCAGUUGUGUGGAACCCCAAGGCUUCACUGUGGGAGAGCCGCCUGGCUUCUUGAGCUUCUCUCCUUCACCCCAGCCUCUCUGCCCUUCGCCAUACUGACGCUGGUGAACGCCCCAUACAAGCGAGGAUUUUACUGUGGAGAUGACUCCAUCCGGUAUCCCUACCGUCCUGACACCAUCACCCACGGGCUCAUGGCUGGAGUCACCAUCUCAGCUACCGUGGUCCUUGUCUCAGCUGGUGAAGCCUACCUGGUAUAUACAGAUCGCCUCUAUUCCCGCUCUGAAUUCAACAACUACGUGGCUGCCGUGUACAAGGUGUUGGGGACAUUCCUGUUCGGGGCUGCUGUAAGCCAGUCUCUGACGGACCUGGCCAAGUACAUGAUUGGCCGUCUACGGCCCAACUUCCUGGCUGUUUGCGACCCUGACUGGAGCCGGGUUAACUGCUCAGUCUAUGUGCAGCUGGAGAAGGUGUGCAGGGGAAGCCCUGCUAAUGUCACCGAGGCCAGGUUGUCUUUCUACUCAGGACACUCCUCCUUUGGGAUGUACUGCAUGAUGUUCUUGGCUCUCUACGUGCAGGCACGGCUCUGUUGGAAGUGGGCAAGGCUGCUGCGGCCCACGGUUCAGUUCUUCCUGGUGGCCUUUGCCCUCUAUGUGGGCUACACCCGAGUGUCUGACCACAAACACCACUGGAGUGAUGUCCUUGUUGGCCUCCUGCAGGGGGCGCUGGUAGCUGGCCUUACGGUCCGCUAUGUCUCAGACCUCUUCAAAGCCCGGCCCCCGCAGCACUGCCCAGAGGAGGAAGAGCUGGAACGGAAGCCCAGCCUGUCACUGACGCUGACCCUGGGCGAGGCUGACCGCAACCACUAUGGCUACCCACUCUCCUCCUGAGGUUGGCCCUCCCAGGCUGAGGCCCAAGACUUACCCUGGUUUAGGUGAUGAAGGCUCUGGAUAGCCCUGGUACCCCAGGCUGAUAGCAACAGUGGGCAGGGUCCUCUGCCCACCCCCUUUGUGUUGGAUCAGGUGUUUGGGGUACCUGGCCAGUACUGAAUAUUGGGGGGUCUGUUCUCAGAGCUUCCUGAAUACCCCCUUUCUAUUAAGGGGUUAGGGGAGGGACCAAAAGAUUAUGUUGUUGUUAUUUUGUAAGAUGUAAUGUAUAUGUGGAUUUUUAGUAAAAUAGGACAUUUGUUUGACAAAGGAUA